UCCUACACGUGAAUGGACCGCCCCCUCACUCGGCUGAAAUGGAAGGGAAGGGAAUUGGCUCUGUCCGUCAGUGAGGGGUUAAACUGGGAGUUUGCAGCAGUCUCUCCUUUCUGCCCAGUGAACUCAGCGGAAAACAUCUGACUCCCGACUCGUUUUCCGAGGCUGUGUUGGAUUUUUACUCACUUUGCACCGGAGCAGCGGGGGCACCACGGGAGCAGCAGCAGCAGCAACAACAACAACAACAACAACAAAAAAAACAAAAAAAAAAAUUAAUCAAAAGAAACAAAUCACCGUUUCAACAGCAGGAUCUCACCAUCUCUCUCUGCGCGCUUUCCGACAGAUAAAUAACAAGAGAAGCAUGUGUGGGUAUUAAGAGUCAUCUGCUCGGUUGACCUCUCCCUGAACACGGAGCUGCCAUCUGCUUUACCCCUGACCGUCCACUUGUCCAGUGAGGCUCGCUCCACAACAUGUCUGCAGAGGUGGAGAGCAGCGCGGCCGUCCCUGCCGAUCCCAGCGUCCCCUCUCCGUCUACAGGCUCAACCACCACCACCCCUCCCGCCUCCCCCGCAACAGCUACAUCCAAGGUCCCGUUCAAGAAGGAGAAAAAGAAAGUCCCAGAGAAGACAGAUGAGUACCUUCUGGGCAGGUUUCAAGGGGAUGGUGUGAGGUACAAGGCCAAACUGAUUGGCAUCGAUGAUGUCCCAGAGGCCCGGGGAGACAAGAUGUCCCAGGACUCCAUGAUGAAACUUAAGGGCAUGGCGGUCGCUGCUCGGUCCCAAGGCAAGCACAAACAGAGGAUCUGGGUUAACAUUUCCAUGUCGGGUAUCAAGAUCAUCGAUGAGAAAUCAGGAGUGAUCGAACAUGAGCAUGUGGUGAAUAAGAUCUCCUUCAUCGCCAGAGAUGUAACGGACAACAGGGCGUUUGGAUAUGUGUGCGGAGCAGAAGGGCAGCAUCAGUUCUUCGCCAUAAAGACGUCACAGCAGGCAGAGCCCCUGGUCAUUGAUCUGAAAGAUCUCUUCCAGGUCAUCUUCAACAUGAGAAAGAAAGAGGCAGAGGCCUCACAGAAGGGUGAAAAUGGCCGUGCUGUAGUUGAGAAUGGAAAUGCUGCCUUGCUAAAUAUGGACGAUGAAGUAAAAACUGCCCAGCCAGUGGAACAGCUUGACCUGUUUGGAGCCAUGUCGACCCCCCCAGACAUCCAGGCUCCAAAUGACUCUAAUGAUAUUCUCUUGCUGGAUUUUUCUGCUGAAGUUGACAGCAAUCAGAAUUGCAUAAAGGGAAACUCCUUUGUAACUUCCUGUGCCCCUGACCGUAGGGCAUCUCCCCAGACAGAGAAUCCCUUUUCCUCGACAUUUGGCUACUUUCCAACACCAGACAGUGACCCUUUCAGAGAUGACCCCCUUUCUAAAUCACCCAAUUGUUCGGCACCCGAUAAUUCACAGAUCUUCCUCCCCACCAAUCACCUAAACAGCACUGCUGGCAGCACUAGUAAGACAAUUAUUAAUGGUGGUUUGAAUGGAAACUCUGAACACCUUAGUCAGCAGAUAAAUGGGUUAACCAGUAAGACCAUGAUCCUUGCUCUCAGUAAUGGACAGUGGCCACUAGGGGGCAAAAUAACUCAAGGCAGCACAAGUAUCAUGAUGGACGGAAAUGACUCUGGACCAGUUCUCUCAAACAAAAACCCAUUUUUUGACUCAUCUUUGAAAAGCUCCCCCGUCACUAAUGGCAUGAGUCAUCACCCACAACCCCCUGUGACUCAAAGCAAGGAUUCAGUUGUCAUAGACCCGCCUCCGCAGAGCUCUAAGGCUGGACGAGGUCGAAGGAGUGCAAAGUCCACAUCAAGUGACCUGUUUGGAGCAGAGCUGUUUGCUUCUCCUGCUCAGUCUGAGGGAUCAUCUGCUCCAAGUGACUUUUUCAACAGUGCACCUGCCAACUCCGCUCCCUCCUCCUUAGCUGCUCUGGGCAAUCUUCACUUAGGUCCUCCAGCGACCACAAGUAUCGCUCCUGCAGGAAUGUGGAGUGCCUCCAACAUUGCACCUUCCAUGUUUCCUAUGCCAGGAGUGACAGCUCAGAGCCCUAGCCCCAACUUCCCACAGCCAUCUGCCUUCGGUGGUCCACCCAUACCACCCACAGCCUGGGGCCAGCAGGUACCCCCUCAGUUUGGUGUCCCGGUCCACGCCUGGGGCCAGCCUCCACCAGCUGGGCCACUUGGUUCUCCAGGUUGGGGUCAGCCCACAGUGACCAAUCCUUUUCACUCGGGCCCGUUCCUUGCAAUGGGUGAUCAGCAAGGUCCGUCACGCCCCCCUCCGAGGCCACCUACUAAAGAGGCCCCUCCAAAGGAAGAGAACAGUGCCUUCACAGCUUUGGACCCUCUUGGAGAUAAAGAGAAGAAGAGUGGAAAGGACAUGUUCAAGGACUUCCAGAUUGCAAAGCCUCCAGCCAUCCCGGCGAGGAAAGGGGAGCUUGUGUCCAACUCUGCUCCGUCCUCUAGCAGCAACGAAGCAGGGGCAUUUGAUCAGUACUUUUCCAGUAAAGUGGGCCUGGCUCAGGAUGCUGCAGAUCUUGAUGACUUUGAUAUCAAUCAGAUGUCAGCAGUUGUUAACGAUGUCCCUAAACCUGCUCCUGCUCCAGCUGCAGCCCAGGCUGGAAGCUUUAACCCUGGCCUCCUCGAUGCCGCCUUCUCUUCUUCUCCCAUCGCAAACCCAGCACCAGCCCAGGGACUCAAUCAGGAUAUGUUUGACAAAGCAUUUGGGGCCCCAAAUUCCAGUCCGUUCGGAGUUGCCCCUCCGACUGCGACUGUUGGUCAGAUGUCUGGUUCAACAGCUGCUUUUGGGGAUCCUUUUGGAAAUCCCUUUGCUUGACGACAACUUUGUCCACAAUGGAAAUAGAGUAAAUCGAGCAAAUGGAGACCUUCAUAUCAAAUAACAUCUUUUGGACAAUCUUCUACACGUGCAAGACAAUUGAAAACAUCUUGAACUCUGCUAACUCUUGUCCCUGAUCCACCCUUCUUUUACGCCUCCGACUCUGAUGGUGUUUUUUUUUCUUUUUUUUUUUCUGUCCAAUCAGUAGUUCCCUCAUUUCUGAAGACCACUGAUCUAAGAAGUAAAUGUUAUGUCAUGAUCUGCUGAAGAAAGAAACGUGAUGUGUGAGAGAGGGCAUGUCCAAAGCGCUUCACUGCUGAUGCUGCGUGUAUUAAAGAAAUAAAAUCAUUCAAUAAU